AUGAAUCUGCAAGCAAGCCAGCCGUCUGCAGAUGAGCAGUUGUUGAGUCGGCUGGAGUUGCUCCAGACGGAAGUCGACAAGCUGACAGCCACAGUGGAGAACCUGUCCAAGCAGCAUGAUCACUUGCUUGUGGAGCGGGACAGCCAGGCUCGUCAGCUUGCCCUGCUCACUGAAAAACUCAAGGAAAAGGAUAAAGAUACACAGAAUGCCCACUUCACAUGCCGAGCUACAGAAUCACAGAUUGACAUGCGGCAAGACAACCGAAACAGCAAGGAGAGUGAUGUCGUGAGGCUCACAUGCCGAGUGAGAGAGUUGGAAGCAGAAGCUGCAUCAGCAGCCGAGUCCCAUUCCCACCUCCUGCAUGAGAACCAAAGGCUUCAUAAGAACUUUACACUUGUGGCCAAAGAGCACAAGAACAUGGCAUCUGACUUGGAGAAUACUGUACAACAGAAGAAAGACUUUGAACUUCAAAUCCAGGAGUAUGUUAUUAAAGUGGCCAAAAUAGAAGAGCUCCUGCGUACAAGGGAUCGAGAGAGGGAAGAUAUUUUGGACCAGUACCGGUCCCUUAUCUCGGCCGACGCUGAUCUGCUGACUCAGGCCGAGCAGAGUCAGAAAGAACAAGACAGCAGUGAUGCUACACUCAAUAGCCUGCGUCAGCAGCUUGCACGAUUCAUGAGUGUGACGACAGAGCAGGAGCAGAAGCUGGCUUCACUGGGAGCAACUAUGGCAGCCUUGCAAGAGUCCCUGCAGAACAGCGCUGCCGAGGGAAGUCGGCUGAAGGAGGAACUUCAGAAGAGCUCAGACAUGCGCGCAAGGCUCGUCGAGCAUGUGGAAUCGCUUCAGGACCAGCUCUCCAAAGAACAAACUGUUAACAAUCAGAUUUCUGGGCACUUGAGGCGCCUAGAGGACGACCUUUCUCUGGCACGUACCGAAACAGCUACGGCUCGCUCCGACGCAACCAGUCUGGAGCGCUUGCUUGCCACAUCUCGGGAGCAGCGCUGCCAGACAGACAUUGCCCUUGAAAGGCUCUCUACCGAGAUGGAAAACAUGAAGCAGGAGGUGCAAGCAGGAGCCACGAGCAGGGCAGCCCAAAUUGAAGAGAACAGUUUUCUCAGAAGCAAGCUGUCAAAGUUUGAGCAUGCAGUGGAGCAACUAAAGCAACAAGUCAUCAGGGAGCAAUAUGCAAGGAUGAUUGAAGUCUACGCAGGAGAAUAUGGACACGUUCGCUCUUGCAAGAUAAAGCGACAAGACGGCCUCGUGACAAGGGCCAUCCAAAGACUGUUUCCGCUUGAACAACAGGCAUGA